UGAAUGAAAUAAUUUUGAAUUUGAUUACCGGUACAUUACGAAAAUAGAUACUGCGUAAUAUCAUAACAAACCACGCUUCGUACCCUAGCUUGCAUGCCUGCAUCAGUAUCAGUACUACAGAGGGCAUGCAGAGGGAUGCAGAGAGUGCAUCAGUAGUAGUGUACUGACGAGGCGAUCGCGAUGUACUUCACGGGUCUGGGUAAUUCUGAUGCCCGAGACGCAUAUUACUGAUGAACCUGUUUACUACAAGCUUAACCUUUCUUUUUUUGCAAGAAUUCUUCGAGACAGUUAUUGCUCAAAGAAAUUAUGACGUGAGGCUCGUUGGAGGAUUGAGUACUUCCGAAGGGAGAGUGGAAAUCUAUUACUCCUCACGUUGGGGUACGGUGUGUGGAGAUGGUUGGGGCAACCAGGAAUCUAUGGUGGUGUGUCGCCAGUUAGGCUACGGAGGGUUUUCAGAAACCAUUGCCAAGACUUCCUUUGGUCAAGGAACCGGAUUGAUCUGGUUAGAAGAUGUGAGCUGUACAGGGACGGAGAAGUCGUUGUCGUUCUGCUCUUAUCGUACCUGGAACAAUGGCUGCAGUCAUGGUGAAGAUGUAGGGGUCAGAUGUCAGGCAGAAUCAUCUGAGGGAUUGUUGAGAGUGUCUGGUGGAAACACAGCAAACGAGGGGCGGAUUGAAAUCUACCAUGCAGGGGAGUGGGGCACAGUCUGCUCUACCAACUGGGACACGCCCGAUGGUCUUGUAGCUUGCCGACAGCUUGGCUACGCAGGGCUUGAGAUGGUAGGGCUUCCUUUCGGACCAGGCACCGGAAAAAUCUGGCUGGACAAAGUCGGUUGUACUGGCACGGAGAAGACACUUGCUGAAUGUAUUCACGGGGGUUGGGGAAUCAAUGAUUGUGCUCAUACAGAUGAUGCUGGAGUCAGGUGCACAUUAUUUCCUGAUGGUGCGACAGUGCGCUUAGUGGAUGGACCCUCAGACAAGGAAGGGCGUUUAGAGGUCUACCAUGAUUCGCAGUGGGGCACGGUUUGUGAUGACGGCUGGGAUGGCAUAGACACCAUGGUGGUCUGCAGGCAGCUGGGAUUCACAGAGCAUGGAGGUUACUUCAUGGCCGCUGAUCGGGGGUACGGGAUAGUAACAAUGGCCCCAAGACCAAUCUUCCUUGAUACGGUGGAGUGUGUCGGGGAUGAAGACCAGUUGGAAAACUGCUUUCAUGAUGGCUGGGGGGUAAAUGACUGCCAACAUUCAGAAGAUGUAGGGGUACAGUGUAAGGAAAGUGGCCUAUCAGUUGGAGCUAUAGUUGGAAUAACAAUUGGAUGCGUAGUAGGAGUAUUGCUUUUCUGUCUCUGCUGCCUAAAAUGCAUUAAAAGGACACCAUCCCAACACACAGCAGUCCCAACGGAUGAAGUACCAAGAGAAGAAGCAGUGGCUGUGGGUACUGUACAUGUACCAAGAAGAUCGGUACGCCUGAUGUAAACAACGUCCAACCUGAAGCAGUUGCAGCAGGCCUGCCGCCACCAUCGUGCAAUGACAUCACAAGCUCUAACGCCAUUGAAUUGGACGACAUCCAGCCACAGGGAGCAUAUCCCCUUCAGGAUCCCUCCCCAUCACCUUCGGCAACCUUUACCUCCUACCCACAAACUCAUCCACCACCGUCGGCACCCUACUCGCAACCCUUGGUACCCUAUCCACCGCCACAAGGAGCAUAUCCCCUUCAGGAUCCCUACCCAUCACCUUCGGCAACCUUUACUUCCUACCCACAAACUCAUCCACCACCGUCGGCACCCUACUCGCAACCCUUGGUACCCUAUCCACCGCCUUCGGCACCCUACUCGCAACCCUCGGUACCCUAUCCACCGCCUUCGGCACCCUACUCGCAACCCUUGGUACCCUAUCUACCACCUUCGGCACCCUACUCGCAACCCUUGGUACCCUAUCCACUGCCAUCAUUCUCAGGUGCUUCUGCUGCAUACCAUUACCCUUCAGCUGAUUCAGGGGUUGUUCCGUCUGCACCGCUUGAAAUCCCUCCAACCAGCUAGGCAUACCCUCCUGGGAAUUGCACUUCCAUAUGAAUAUUGGAACAUAUCUCAUGAAAAUUGCUAUCGAUACAAAAUUACAGUAAUUGAUCUCAAAACUACUGUAAUCCUAGAACUUGAUUAGCUGUGAGCAAAUUUGUUGUAUAAUUGUGUCAGUUGUUAAUUUUCAAUAACAAGUUUAAAGAAACAGCUAGGGGCCAAUUACUUUGGCACAACUGGUUCAAUUCUACAGUUCAUUUUGUACUGGAUUGCAGUCAGUUUACCCCCAGAUCGCAUGUGUAUCAAAGAGGGGUUCAGUUGCAUUUCUAGAUCAAAGCUUUUGAGAAUCUGCAAAGUGGGUAUUAAAAUUGGCAUGUUGCUGAAUUACUUGUUUGUGUGGUUUUCACAGCCCAGAGAAAAAUUUCACAUCAGUCCAUUCCUGCAAGAUUUUCACUGGCUGUAUCAGUUGGAGGGUUGCCUACAAACUUGGGAGUUCUGGGCCCUGACGCACCAAGAAUUGCAAUCGAUUUGAAUCAAUUGCAAUUUGAUAUCGGUUGCAAAAGAGAGAGAGGAAUUUGUAAGUUUGCAAUGAAUUGUUAGACAUGCAAUCAAUCUGGAUCAAUGAUAUAAUUAUGUUUAGAAAAAAAAAAAUCGCCAUUUGCACCCAGCAGAGGUGAAUACUGGCUAAAGUAAGUGGAAUCAUAUAACCCAUUAUAUUAAUUUUGUUUGUUGUUUUAAAUUAUUUAUGGAAUGUUAAAAUGUAACCAUAUCUUGCCCAGUUUAUGUAGUGAUUAUUUCUCUUUGUAAUGUAAGUCAGAUAUGCAAAUUGGCAGUAGUACUUGGAUCACUGAUCUCAGCAUGUUUAGCUUGUCUUAAGCUCAUUUUGAUAUCACCUGUAGUGUUUAUGAUAUACUCUCUGUGUCAAUGAUUACUAUUGUUAUUAAAGCAUGUAUAUGACAUUACUAUACUUAUCACUUGUUCAUCAACUGCGCUUCAGCCUUCAGUUCAAUGAAAUAUUAUUUUAAAGGUACUAUUUCAUACUUUUUUCAAGAAAAAUUUAAACCCUUUGCAUUAAAAAGCAGAUCUCCGAAUUUUAAGAAAACAGAUUUAAUUGGGAUAUUGUGUUAAAAUAAAUAUCAAAUUAUUUUGUUUCCUUUAUUUUCUAAGUACGCUUAUUAAAUUUACCAUUGGGUUUAAAUCAAUCUUUGUACCAUGUACAUUUAUUAGACAUAUUACUUAGCUAUUUGUUUAUUUUAUGGAUAUAUAU